UUGAAGAAGGCAAGCAGUGUAGCAGGAGCGCGUAAACGCCAUUUUAGUAUUAGUAUGUAUCGGUAUCGGUCACGAAGUUGUGAGGACGCGACGAACUGAGUAACCGCGCUGCAGGCGGUGCUGUGCAACCGGGCCAGCAGUGAGCAGUGUGUAGCGCGGCAGCUUUUGCAAUGUAGACAGCCAUGCCAACAGGUGGUUGCACUACGGUACUCCACUGCACCGUUGCCACGGAUUCGUGACCAGAAUUUGCGGACCGACUGGCUAAAAAUAAAACCGUGUAUCGGUGCAAAUCAUGGUUACACCGUUUCUGCCUUCGCCUGACUUGUGAUUGCUGACGCCGCGAUGGUAGGUCCUGGUGCGCACACUGCUAGAAGGAAGCCAAGGAUGAUGUCUUGCUCAUUUGAUGAAACACCAACUUAUUCAAAGCCGGAGAAGAAAGUAGGGCCGUUGACAGAUCAUCUGUUACCGACAAACCUGACACUAAAAUUCGACACUAACGUCAGGUUGCAGAGGAACAGUGUGCUGACAACAGUAACUAUUUUAAAUGCGUUGGUUACUGCUGCGUUAAUCGUUGCUGCUGUCCCGGCGAGUGUUUACGUACAUAGUGAACUUAAUAAUUCCCAGCAUAAAGUCCUAGUCCUUCAAGAGCAAGUUAAUUUCUUGACGGAUCGUUACGAGUACAUCCUAAAACAAUUAAGGUCAGUGAGGAUCCGAUCAAAAGGAAGUUCCUUAAAUGAAAAUUUAAAGGAAAGUAGUAAUAACGAAGAUUUUAUCAGUGCGCAACAUAAAUUUCCUAGUCAGUACAAGGAUGUUGAUUCUGUUAAUAGUGGAGAGCGGAGCCAGCACCUGCAAAUCAAGAAACCAAGUUUCGUGUCGAAAGACGUCGUGAAGGAGUCAUCAAAAGGUGCCCAGGCUACAGAGGAUACAUUUCCUCCAUUUUCUGAAGAGCCACACUCAUCAAGAGCAGUGGCAUUGGAAUCUGACGGCAGUCAGUAUGGCACUCAUACACUGCGGAGGACUAAGCGUUCAGAUUGGAGAGGUAAACAGUCACAGAGGAAGCCUUCGAAUGGUGGACGUGGGCGACAGCGAAGGAGAGGAAAAUUUAGUGGUGCUGCUGUUGCACAUUUCAAGGGUGGGCAGCCAGAAACUUUCAUCAGAGAUGGAGGUAGUUUGGUUGCUCCAUGGUUCCUUGAUGAUGCUGCAUCUGGAAGGUUCAGUUUCUCAGCCUUCCAGCUGAAACAAGGAAAAGCAGCGGUUGAGGUGACAGAGAGUGGGCUUUACUAUAUCUAUUCUCAGAUCCAUUAUUUGACUUCACAAGUUACAAAUAGCUACUCCCUGAACUUAAGGCACGGUAGUCAAAGCAACUCCUCCGUCCUAUCUUACUGCAGUGCAAGUUCAGGUAGUCAGACUCUGAAUGAAGUGAGCUGCUUUACAUCAGUUGUCAGAUACCUCAAUUCCACAGAUCGCAUUUUCGUACAACAGAGAGACAUGAACAGAAGGAUUAUUCUUAGAGAUGGAUAUAGUUAUCUUGGUGUUGUAAGGCUAAGUGCAUAAUUGCCCAAGCUUGAGAAUUCCAUUUUCACAGAGUAUGAAAUACUGCUCAAUGAAGAGCUAUGCUCAUAAGUGAAAAAGUGAUAUAUGCUUGGAGCAACAGUUUCCAAAAUGUCGCAGGUUCCGCUACGUUAAGCUGGUGAUAAUGCAUAUUGUUUUGGUUACAUUACUGUUGUCAAGACACUUAAUAGCCAAGAAUGUGGUGUGCAUUUAAGGUGAUCUCCUUCUUUUUAAAAUGUAAGGCUUGUGAUUAUAUUUGAGUGUAACUUGUUUUGUUUGGGAAUGAGGUGUUACUUAGAGACUAAAUGUAUGUGCUACACCUGUACUAGAGUUCAUGUUGUAGCUGAAUCAGUCACUGAAGUCCCUAAAAUGGCUAGGAAGCAGUAAGAGAUUGACGCUUACUGCAAAGACUGUAAAGAGCAAAAUGGUGAACACUUCCUACCAGAUGUGCUAUUAUCUCCAAAGUAGUUCACCCAAGUUAAAAAUGUAUAUUCUAUUUAGUUAUUAAGAUUGCAAUGGUGCUAAAUUAAUUAGAGUGCAGAAGUACAAAUAUUUGAAUAAGUUGAAAGACCCAGCUGUAAAUGUGCAUAUUUCUUUGCAUCAUUUUAGAAGACUAAAUAAUUAGUCAGGGUAAAUGAGAAUGUAUGUUUUAAAUUUAUUUUGUGAUGUAUCAACUCAGGAGGAACAAUAUCCACUUAUACAGACAACAAAUUGUAUUCUGUGAACAAACUUUGAUUCAAAGUUCUUUUCGGGAAGUAUGUAUGGGUACAUUUGUGUUUCAAAUCCUACAUGGAAUAUCUAGCAACCUAGUUGGCAAAAAAUGCAAAAAGUCCACUUCCAAGUAGAAAAUACAGAAAGCACAGUUACAGAGAAUUGAUUCCUUCCUUAGUACUAUUCAUGUAAUAUUAACAGUUGUACUGUAGUAUUGAGACAGAUAUUCAAACUGAGUAUCCAGAAUGGGUUGGACAGUGUUUCAGUUGGUGUACAGAAAGAUAUUUACCUCUUAUGGAGUUGUACUCUCAGUAGGAAUUUCUGUUGGUCAAUCUUUUCAAAAAUUAAGUUUCUUGUAUACUUGAAUCUUAAUGGGCCAAAUAAUUAAAAUAAUAUACAUUUUUGUAAACUUCCUCCAUAUUCACCUCACAACAAUGUCAUCAUUUAAUCAUUGUUGACUUACCUGUGGGAAUGGACAGGGUGUCUUGAGAAACUUCAUUUGUUAAGAGUACAAUCCUCAUUCAAUAGGUAGCAGAACAUUUUGGAGAAAUACAGUACUCUAGAGGAAAUGUGUACAGUUUUAUUGAUGCCAUGGAUACAAUUUGUUAUCCAGAAAAUUAAAAUGAGGUAAGGUACUCCGUUGAUUUAAUAGAUUGUGGCUACUAUCCUUAUGAUGGACCUUACUGUUAUAAGUUUCUGUUUAUUGGUUAGCUUCAGCUGUAGAAUACAGAAAGUUCCAGGAAUAAGUUUCCUCUUUUCACUUGUUUGACCAUGCUAGUAUUGUGGGCAACAUAAAGGUAAAUGAUGGAUCACAUUUCUGGCAAAGAGUAGUCCAAAUGUUCAAUAUCACCAUAAUAAGAAAACAAUGCAGAGACAAAUUUUUUGGGGUUUAUUGAAAACUUAAAACUUGUGUUUUACACAGUAUUGUCUCUAGAUCAUUGUAUUUUGAGGUAGCAUACUUUGUCCACUGAGUGUUGCUGUAAAUCCAAAUUUGCCUUCUGAGUGUCACAACAAAGCAUAUGAAGUGAAGUGUUUGGAAGGAAACUUUCACCAACAUAAGUGAUAUUUCACCAGGACCAUGCAGUGGUGUUAAGAGGUGGUUUGUUAAUUACACCCAGCCCUGUUUUUGUGGUUCUCAGAAACACAGUGAUGUUAUUUUUCUGCCAAAUGUAUAAAGAGCCCCCACCCCCGCCCCCUGUGAAAGUAAAAAAUGGAUAUUGUUUAAUCACCUUGCAUAAACAUUGUGAACCCAGUACCCAGUAAGUGUUUUGUAAACAGUCACACAUACUGCUGAACGAUGAUACUAUUGCACUUGGACUGAAUCACCAUCACUCCUACAUGCAAUAAUAUUGUGGCCGAUCAAUAAUUUGCUCAAAAGCAACAAUGCAUAGUUGCACAUACAACUACAAUUUGUCUUUGCAAGAUAAAUUUUAGUUAUUAUGAAAGUACCAAUGUAAGAAAUUAAAGUGAUGAAUCAUGUGGCUUUGUGCAGUGUUAACAUUAGGGCUCAGAUUUUUAGGUGCUUAAAAGCUGGAGUUAUUUAUUUUUUACAUAUUUAGAAACAUUUGAAAUAUAUGACAAAUAAGUAAACAUAUUUAAUUAUAAUUUGGUAAAUUUUUGUACAUCUGAGCAACAUGCAGUAUUUAUGGGUGCAGUUUAUGCUAUGCCUCACUGAUUGCUGAAGAAUGAAGAUACACAGUGAGAUUCAUUCUAAAGUUGUUCAUUACAAAUCACUGAUGAUUAUGCUGAAAUGCUGCCGUAUACUGGAAGAAUGAGUGCUCACUUUAAGAUGUCGGUCUGGAAAAUUUAUGGCAGGUCAGCUCACUCUUUCACUCACUCACUCACUCACUCACUCACUCACUCACUCACACAUUGAUAGCCUCUUCUUGAUGGACAUUUGAAGUUUUGCCCAGUUUGAAACUCAUUGUUUUCAAACACAUCUGACUUAAUUUUGUAACAUUGGUGCUGUAGAUCCACUAUGACAAUAAAGUUUUCGUUCAAUGUCGUGAACAUACUGAACUGUUUGACAGAAGGACCCCCCCCCCCCCCUUUAAAUUUUUUAAAUUGUGCUGCUAAGGGAAACACAACAGAUAACUAUGGCAAAUAAUUUUUUAACACUGUGUUACUUAACAUUUCCUAAAGUAUUCCAAUUGAAAUUUCAUCCUCUUUCUCUACUACAUCAACCGCUAAGGCCAGACCAUCAAAUUUUACUGUAUGCUGCUGGGCUGCAAGGAGUGAAGUUCCCCACUGUGUUACUACUGGGAUAGGUAGCUGUGAUACGUUGGGGUGAAUUCUUCUCAGCAACUUCAUUAACAGUUUUCCCCAUUAGAAACAAAUUUGCCUAAAGAUAUAAUGCUUUAACUUGAUCACAUAGCCUGUGUAAACUAUGCACAGUGCAUGUAACGUUGAUCAUUUUAGAAUAACUUGUCGCGUCCUGGCACAGGUCCCGGAUACCAAUAUAGAGUUGGUCGAGCCUGCGUGGCGCAAUCGGGACGUUGGCGACAAUUAUGGGUUUGUGGUUCCCUUUAACUAGCCUUUAUUAUGAAGGUGAGAGGGAGUAGAAUCUCCUGGACUGUCUAAGGGCGUGUAGAAGGUGUAGAUACAUUAGACAAUACUUUAAAUAGGUAGCAGGUACAAGUGGGAAUUGGCAGCACUGAACUGUCAAAACAGUAAGGUGAGAUUUCUCCUUUAACGCAAUUUAUUGAACUAAUAUCACAAAGGACAUGUGUGGUGUCAGACCCUUCCCCUUACUCUGUACACUUCUAUAGAUUCAGCCAGAAUCUCCACUUCUCACUCUGUCGGAAAUGACUACUCACGAGAACUACCGCCUUUGAAUUCACUCUUCGUUUGAAUAAUGGACCCUUGUCCUAUCUCACAGGAGACAAGCACCACCAAGUGGCUUGUUCCUUCUAUUGCUGAAACUAACUGUGGAGGCUACUUGAGACAGAGACACUGUCCCUGUUCAAAACUAUUCCAAUGCGAAACAUCUACUUAACUAACAGUUGUAGUUGCUUCCAUCAGAGCAUCACCGGUCUUCUCGUAGUUGCAGUUCCUAUAGCCUCAUCAGUAGUGGCUGCUACCUUCUCAAUGCUGCUGGGCCUUGUCUGCUUGUGUCCUCUUCAACUUCUGCGAUGGCUCUGUUUCUUGCUGCUCGUGGAUGUCCUUAAAUACCCAUUUUGAAGGUCUGCCCUGCUCAGACGCAGCCCUCGCAUCCACUUUCUCUAAUUUAUUUUUCGGUCUUCCCGGACAUUUUGUCGCUGUGGACCUAUAUUGGUUUCGAUAUGUCCAGCAGAGUCCCGGGGCGGAAAGUUGUUUCUUGUCCUCCAAGGUCCGGGAGACAUGCUGUUCGUAUCCUUGACGUGUUUACUAGCUCAGGCUAUUUGUACUGUGUGACACUUUCCCUUCCGUGUCUGUGGAACUCUGGGUUUCACUGUGCGGCAUCCCCCGUUGCUAAGAAUAGCUGCCAGUGCCAGUGCCUUCUUCAUAAUUAUGUGAUGCAGCAUCUGUUAUUAACCCAUAUUUUGUCAUUUUCACACAUGUAAUGAAUUUGUUGGUAACACUUUGGAAGCUAUUUACUCAAUGCUGACUUUUCAGGAAUGUCAAGAUUUGAAAUUUUGGAGACUAACUUUCUUAACGCUGUAUUACUUACAUUAGAAAGAUAUAUGUUGACUAAAACAAAUAGCUUACACAAAUCUUCACAAUAAACUGAAAAUUUAUGAGAUAUUGCAGAACAUCCUCGAACUGCAUCAUUUAUUAGAAGCUGUUUGUUUAGCAAGUGCAAAACUGCCCCCCCCCCCCCCACCCCCCCACCCAGUUGUUUAACUUGGAAUCGCUGUUUAGUCUUUCCUGCUUUCCCAUAAGAUUGGCAGAACAGGGCAUGUCAAUAUGAAUUAAAUUCUCCUUAAAUUCUGAAACUUACUGCUGCAGAUGAUAAUUUGUUCUUGCUUUUACUUUAGGCUUUGUAGUAUUGCCUUGCACUUCCUAGCACCAGAAAUGAACUACAUGUGAAUAUGUUACUAGGAAGAUGAGACGCAUGGUGCAAUAUGGCUAUGGAUAAGGAAAUUCCCAGCUUUUAUGGUGACUGCAACUGAUAAGAUGAUAAACACAGUGCUGCAGGCUGAUACACAGAAAUAGAAUAACAUGUACUUUUCAUUUAGGGCAGCGGACAGGUUAUUCCUCUUUUAAGUAACACACAAAAGAAAAGAAAUAAACUAAAAUAUCUAGCACAUUGAUAAAAAUUGUAAAUAUUGUGUGCAAAUAACUGAAAAACAAUUUAUGUAAUUAUAAAAACUUUUUACCUAAAAAUCAGAGCCAUAAUUAUCAUAGGUCAUAAUUAUCUAGUGUGUUGCAUCCCCCCCCCCCCCCUGCGCCCGACCCUUCUCUCUCUCUCUCUCUCUCUCUCUCUCUCUCUCUCUCUCUCUCUCUCUGAAAAAAAGGAUGCUUGAGAUUUCUUCUUGGCUUGACAGGAUGCAUUAACAUUUCGCAUCUUUUCUCCUCAGUUUGACUUACUGAAAUAUUCAUAACUGUAGUCAUAACUAAAGACUGGUGCAUAUUUCUGACCUUGAGAUUACAUACCAAGUUUCCUUUCAUACAUUAGUGACUUCUCAUAUGGCCCACCACUCUUUGUUUGUGAACAUGUCUUUUUCACAUCACGAAUUUGAGUCAAAUGCCAUAUUAUCUGAAACCUUCGUAUCAUAACUGUACUUCUCAAACUAGAAGCUGAGAUGACACAUUCAUCUUUUGAGUGGAAAGCAUGAGCUAUGACAGCAGUCCUUCAGCUUUUUUGUGAAUUUGCUUACUUUGCUGUUGAUCUUUAUCAGGAGACACAUAAUUAUGUUGGUCCAAAUUUCUAUACAUGGUUUCCACGAAAUGUGUUUGAAAAGGAUUUUUCAGUGACAGAAUUUUAUUUUCAUGUUUACUGUCACACUGGUGCUCCAGGAAAGUUUACUGAAAUCCAGAACUAUUAGAAAUACAUAGAUUUUUCAUCUGUUAAUUUAACCUUCAUAUUUACUCAAUGAUGCUUAAUUUCUUGUGAUGCUUAAUUUCUUGUGAGCAGUUGUAAGUAAGAGGAAUGCAUACUGCUCGGGGAGAAAAACAGCCUGAAUAUGCUUGUGAACAAACAAAUGACUGGGAGGAAUAAAAGUGAAAGCAAUCAUUUACAUAGUGACUCCUGUACAGAAAAAUACUACUGAACCCUUCUGUCAAUGCAGGACAUUAGUGGAAGCUUCCUCUUUAACACCCUUUUCAUUGGCAUGACACAUCAGUUACACAAAUAAUGGCAAUUUUGAUUGAUUGGAGUUUUAAUUUUGGUCCAGUUUUCUUCAUUUUCAAUUGUUUCCAAAUCUUGUAUAUUAAAGAUACGAACUGAAAAAAAUUAGGAACUUUAAGAUUUAGUAAAUGCUGCCCAUUUUGUGUGUUUCGUAGACAAGACAAGAAAGAUAUUGAAAUAUUAUUUUUAAGUUCGUCAUUCCAAAAUUGGUCUGAGUCUCACAGGGGGUAAUAUUGGAUAGUAGGAGGUAAAUUCUUGACUCAGGCUCAUUCCCCAAUAUCAAUGAGGUGGGUACCUUGGUGGGGAAGACACUACUCGCAUUCAGGAGGAACGCAGAGUGAAUCCCCAGUCAUGUUUAGGUUUUUCUUGGUUUCCUUAAACUGCUUAUAGUAAACAUUGGUAAUUCCUUUGCAAUGAAUACUGAAAAAUUCCCUUCCGCACUGUGAACCUGUGCUUAGUCCAUAAUGGUGUCGUUAAUGACAUGAUACAUGCUUGUCUUCCUUCCUUUUCCAUAUUUUUUUCUGUUUCUUAGUUUCUGCAGAUCGUGUGUGUGUGUGUGUGUGUGUGUGUGUGUGUGUGUGUGUGUGUGUGUGUGUUGUUUUUUUUAUGAACUGGGUUCAAGGUAAAAAAACUGAUUCUGAGGGGUCUUGCAGUUUAGACUGAUUGGAUGACAAAAUACUUAGUGCUUUGUACAUCAAAUAACCACUAUUGUUAUUGUUUCUCCCUCUUUCCCUCUCCUUCAUCUCCAACAUUUUCGUAUUUCAGCUUUAAAACAUCACUUAACAUUUACGCCUAAAUGAGGCUACCAUGUCUUCACUCCACCAUAAUACUGUAGUAAUGUGAGUAGCUGGUUUGUCAGCUAACAUUACAUACUUUCCUGUGCAACUGAUCCAAAGUAAAAUUUGGUAGGUCAGUAUCUGAAUUGUCAUCUCUGGUACUAUCAAUUCAUCAAGUGAUUUCACGUGGUAAAGUCAUAUUUCUACUUUGCUGUCAUUCCAUAGUUUAAUUUCUCUGUUCAUUAUUCUUUAUUUAAUACUGGCACAUCCUCUGCUGUCAAAAGGCAAUAUUUUACUUUUCCAGUCAUCAAUGGCACACACAGAAUCUUAAUUUUGCCUUGUAAUUUAAAAAUACCAAUUCGUGUAAUAGAAUCAGAAAAAAAAUCAUGUCUUCUCCAGUCAAGACUUCCAAUUUGAAAUAUUACCUUUGUUUAUUAUCCAUGUCUUGUGAUUUUGUUACAAAAUAAUCUUUGUGAAAGUAAAAGCAAAUUUCGGGUAUUGUGACUGAUAAUUACAUUCAUUGAAUGACAAAUACACAGUACUGCAUCACUUGGUCUCAGAUAAAAUGUGAAUAAUUGUAUGAUUGUAAUAAUACACUAUGGGAGAAUGUUCAUAAUUGCUAUAAAAUCAUUUGGCAUGCUUAAUCACUGAUGGAUUUAGAACAAGAUUGACAAAAGGACUAUUAGUUGUAUAUUUUUUUAUCUGUGAUAAUGUUUAAUCAUAAAUGUGACAUUUUAAUAGGAAAAGAUUUAAUGUGAGGCUGUUCAGUAGAAAAUUGCAUGUUAUCAUGCAAAUAACGGAUAGUAUAUUUACUUCAUAUGUGUCAUGAAACUACCAUAUUUAUUAAUUAAUAAUGUUACCUUAAUUUCAUGUGAAAUUAAUCAAUGCAAUCAUCCUUAGUGAAUCAACAGCAAAUAUUUUGUUAACCAGUCUGUGUGACUUUAUUUGGAAUGAGAGGCAUUCUCUAUGCUUUCAUAGUGUUUGUAGUAGUUUAAUUUCCCAAGUAAUAAGAUGAUAGAUUGUUGAAUGAUAUGUCAGUUUAGAUGAGGAUUACAUGCAGACAUUAUUACAGAUGUAUCUUAAUUGUACAUAGUGAAGGUGCUCAGUAGAUAAACCUGAACAUUUCUACUGAUUCAAAAUAAGAAAUAUGAAUUCUGAUCUCUCCUGUGAAUUCCAUUGUUUGCGUUGCAGAGAUUGUUAUAUUUUUCAGCACUGUUUCUUGAUCUCAAAAUUUAUACAAGAAAUUGUAACUUUUUGGCCAAUUGUUAAUAAAAUCUGUAAUCACUUCUUAAAA